AUGCUUAGCUGUCCAGUACAUUGUGAAGUCUUUAAAAUGGGACUAGUAGGACCCUGGGAUUGUGACCCCUUCUUUUCCAAAGCCUUUCCUGAAGUGGCUGCUAAGUUAGCAGUGGACCGAAUAAAUGAAGACCCUUCUUUAGAUCUUGACCAGGAGUUGGAUUACAUACUCCUACAAGAAGGAUGUGAAACGUCCAAAGCCCUGGCUAGAUUCCUUGACUUUGAAACAGUUUCAUCAGUUUUUGUAGGGCCUCUGAACCCUGGCUACUGUGAUGUUGCUACAUUGUUAGGGAGUAAUUGGAAUAAAGCCAUCUUCUCAUGGACGUGCAUCAACUCUGAGCUGGAUCCUGCCAUAAAUGAGCAUACACUUGCAAGGACCUUGCCUUCCCCAAUCAGAGUUUUAUACAUCUUAAUGAAAUACUUUCACUGGGCUCACAUUGGCAUCAUCUCUUCGAAGGAGGAUAUCUGGGUGGACACGGCGUACCAGCUGGCUAGGGCUUUCAGGAAUGAAGGACUUCCUGUAGGAAUUGUAACAUCUAUGGGUAAUGGGGACAAAGACACUGACAAGGCUUUGAAGGAGAUUGCAGGCGUUAAAAGCAUUAGAAUUAUCAUUAUGUGCAUGCAUUCGGUGCUCAUUGGAGGGGAAGAACAGGCGGCCUUGCUCACAAGAGCUCAUGAAAUGGGAAUAACAGAUGGAAGAUACGUCUUUGUUCCAUACGACACUUUACUUUAUAGUCUCCCUUACCAAAACAAUUCGUUCUAUGCUUUUGACAACAACCGUAAGCUCCAGGAGGCAUACGAUGCUGUACUGACUAUCACGAUGGAGGCUGAAGAAAGGACAUUUUAUGAUGCAUUCAGAGAAGCUAAAGAAAGUGGUGAAAUCCCAAUGGAGCUAGAAACCGAACAGGUCUCUCCACUGUUUGGAACAAUCUACGAUGCCAUCUACUUCAUGGCCAAGGCUCUUGAGAAUGCCCAAAAGGAAAGGGACCCAGUUUCAGGACCAAUGCUGUCAGAAAAUAUCAAAAACCUGGACUUCCCUGGAUUCAGCCAGAGGAUAUGCACAGACAGCGGAGGGCAGGGCCUGAACAACUAUAUGGUAUUGGACACAGUGGGCCAAGGGAACCAGCUAUUUCCAACCUACUUGGUGGACAUGUCUGCUAAAUCGGUGCAGUUCCUAGGCCGACCGAUACACUUCCCUGGAGGAUCCCCACCAAGACCAGACUCUGGCUGCUGGUUUGAUCAGACCGGCGUAUGCAGUGGAGUUAUCAUUAUGUGCAUGCAUUCGGUGCUCAUUGGAGGGGAAGAACAGGCGGCCUUGCUCACAAGAGCUCAUGAAAUGGGAAUAACAGAUGGAAGAUACGUCUUUGUUCCAUACGACACUUUACUUUAUAGUCUCCCUUACCAAAACAAUUCGUUCUAUGCUUUUGACAACAACCGUAAGCUCCAGGAGGCAUACGAUGCUGUACUGACUAUCACGAUGGAGGCUGAAGAAAGGACAUUUUAUGAUGCAUUCAGAGAAGCUAAAGAAAGUGGUGAAAUCCCAAUGGAGCUAGAAACCGAACAGGUCUCUCCACUGUUUGGAACAAUCUACGAUGCCAUCUACUUCAUGGCCAAGGCUCUUGAGAAUGCCCAAAAGGAAAGGGACCCAGUUUCAGGACCAAUGCUGUCAGAAAAUAUCAAAAACCUGGACUUCCCUGGAUUCAGCCAGAGGAUAUGCACAGACAGCGGAGGGCAGGGCCUGAACAACUAUAUGGUAUUGGACACAGUGGGCCAAGGGAACCAGCUAUUUCCAACCUACUUGGUGGACAUGUCUGCUAAAUCGGUGCAGUUCCUAGGCCGACCGAUACACUUCCCUGGAGGAUCCCCACCAAGACCAGACUCUGGCUGCUGGUUUGAUCAGACCGGCGUAUGCAGUGGAGGUAUUGAACCUAUGAUGGUGAUGCUGGGACUGGUACUGAUAUUUAUCCUGGUGCUGUGUGGUGCAGGUCUUGCUCAUCUCAUCAGGAACACCCUCAUAAAGAUCCAGUUAGUCAAGGGGCCUAAUAAAAUCUUACUGACAUUGGACGACCUCACAUUUAUAAACCCUAACCUGAGCAAGAAGAGGCUGACCUUGAGUAGCUUGAGUGACGCAAAGACACUUUCCGAUGGCCGAAGCCUGAAAUCUGUACCGGCUCGCUCCUCGUCUCCGGAAAGCAUAGAGGCAACACAUGAAAACUCCAAUGUGGCUUUGUUUGAGGGAGACUGGGUGUGGCUGAAGAAAUUUGAGUCGGGAGCAUUUCAAGACCUGCGACAAAGCUCCACCAGCAUACUGCGAAAGAUGAAAGACCUACGUCAUGAAAACGUGAAUCCAUUCAUGGGCUUUUUCUCCGACUGCGGCCUCUUUGCCAUAGUGACGGAGCACUGUUCCAGAGGCAGCCUGGAAGACCUCCUGAGAAAUGAGGAUGUGAAACUGGAUUGGAUGUUCAAAUCAUCUCUUCUGAUGGAUUUAAUUAAAGGAAUUAAGUAUUUACAUCACCGGGAUUUUCCUCAUGGGCGUCUCAAGUCUCGUAACUGCGUGGUGGACGGGCGGUUUGUCCUGAAGAUCACUGAUUACGGAUAUAAUGAGCUCUUAGAAGCACAAAAAUGUCCACGUGCUGAGCGAUCGCCGGAAGAACUGCUUUGGACAGCUCCUGAAUUAUUGAGAACGCCAGACAUGAUCCGAACAGGCACAUUUAAAGGAGACAUUUAUAGUUUCUCCAUCAUCUUACAAGAAGUAAUUGUUCGAGGGCCGCCGUAUUGUACCACGGAUCUCCCUGCUGCCGAAAUCAUCCAGAAGGUGAAGAAGCCUCCACCCAUCUGUCGGCCAAACAUCGCCAUAGAGCUGGCCCCCAUGGAGUGUAUUCAGUUGAUGAAACAGUGCUGGAGCGAAUCGCCAGAACGAAGACCCACAUUUGAGGAGGUAUUUAAUAAGUUCAAAACCAUCAACAAAGGCAAAAAAACCAAUAUCAUUGACUCCAUGCUCAGAAUGCUUGAGCAGUACUCGAGCAACCUGGAAGAUUUAAUCCGGGAACGGACAGAAGAGCUGGAAAUUGAAAAACAGAAGACAGAGAAACUUCUGUCGCAAAUGCUCCCCCCGUCAGUGGCAGAAGCACUUAAAACCGGUGGCACGGUCGAACCAGAAUAUUUUGACCAGGUCACCAUCUACUUCAGUGACAUCGUUGGAUUCACGACCAUCUCCGCCCUUAGCGAGCCCAUUGAGGUGGUUGAUCUCCUCAAUGAUCUUUAUACACUCUUUGAUGCUGUCCUUGGUAAUCAUGAUGUUUACAAGGUGGAAACAAUUGGUGAUGCCUACAUGGUCGCAUCGGGGCUUCCAAAACGAAAUGGAAACAAGCACGCUGCUGAAAUAGCCAAUAUGUCUCUGGACAUUCUCAGUUCAGUGGGCUCUUUUAAAAUGAGGCACAUGCCAGAAGUACCCGUCAGGAUACGAAUAGGACUGCAUACAGGGCCUUGCGUAGCAGGUGUGGUGGGCCUGACAAUGCCUCGCUACUGUCUGUUUGGGGACACGGUGAACACCGCUUCGCGAAUGGAAUCCACCGGGCUGCCUUACAGAAUCCAUGUCAACCGAACCACAGUGGAAACACUUCAGACUCUAAAUGAAGGCUAUGAGAUAGUACUCAGGGGAAAAACAGAACUGAAGGGCAAAGGGAUAGAAGACACAUUUUGGCUAGUUGGGAAACAAGGCUUCCUGAAACCAUUACCAGAACCUCCUGACAUAAAACCAGGGCAAAACUGGCAAGAGAUCCUGACCAAAGAAAUCAAGAUGGCGGUGAGGGACGCAAAGAAAAACACCAUCAAACGCAAACUUUAACGAGAAUGGAAGCAAAAAAAAAAAAAAGGAAAAGGAAGUGAGGGCUACGGAGGAGGAAACCGAACUUGGAUGCAGAAAAGAACUAUCCAGGCAUGGGGUCACGGCACUGCAGUCAGCCGUGCCCGAGGAUUGUGCUUCCCUCCACUUGCCACUUUUUUCCAGUCUAGUGGAA